UUAAUUAUUCUGGGGACCAUGGAUGUGUCGAUAAACGAGUUGACAAGGGCAUUGCCUUGGCCUAGAGGAGAGGCAAUUGUGUGGGGGACAAGUCUCAAUCUAGGACUUUGAAUUUUGGAAUAAGAGAUUGUUACUUAUGGGAGAUCAUUUUCUUUAGCACAAAACUUUGAAUUAGGAAUCUGGAUGAAAUCUAUGAGAAAUGGUUUUCCAUUGCUUGCCAUGGAAGUUACCUCUUCUCUAAGAAACCACAUAAAAAAUAAUCCCUAGUUCCCCUCAUAUAUCUCAAAUGAAUUGAGUUUUUGGCACUGUGCUCCCGGAAGAGUUUGAUCGUAGUUUUUGGAAUGGAUGGCGGAGAAGAUCAAAGCAAGCAAUCUACCAGGAGAACCCCUUUCACUGAACUCAAUCAAGUCAGCUCGGAUUUCAUUCUAGCCAUGGCAAUGCAAGAACAAGAACAGGCGUACACAAUGCUCGAAACCAUCGAAAGCGAUAGCAGCGAAGAAGAAGAAGACGAUGCUUCCUCCUCUAAUGAAAACUAUGAUCAAGACGAUACGGCUUUCUUCCAAAGCAGAGAAUUCGAAACAGAGUUCGGGUUUCUUGAGAACGAAGACCGCGGCAACAGCAGCGACCAAGAAAUGGAUGAAGAUGAUUUUGAUGUGGAUGAGCUAACUUAUGAGGAGCUGAUUGCACUUGGAGAGUUCAUAGGGGAAGAGAAAAGAGGCCUGCCCACCAAUGAAAUUUCCACAUGUUUGCAGCCCUACACAAGCAAAUCACCAUCAUCUAAUCAAAGCAAGACCGGCAUUGACAGAUGUGUGAUUUGCCAGAUUGAGUAUGAAGAUGGAGAAGCCCUGGUUGCAUUGUCUUGCCAACACCCUUAUCAUUGGGAUUGUAUAAGCAAGUGGCUUGAGAUUAAAAAGAGCUGCCCAAUUUGCAGCACAGAAGUUUCAUCAACAUCAUCAUCCAAAACCAAGAACAUAUAAACUGUUAUUAGAAACAGUCAUUUCAUUUCAUUUUAUUCAUUGGGUUUGUUUGUAAAAUUGUAAAUGUUCAAGAUAUUUAUUUGUUAUCACUUGUAUGU